GAGAUAAGCUGAUAAGAGUCGCGCCUCGCCUACUUUUUACAACAUUAAGAGAGACAACACAGAUAGUCAAGUUUCCUGCGAGGCAGCUCCGUGUGAAGGCGAUCAGAGCAGUUUUUAAACUGCCAGCAGCUCCGUUUCUGGACAAAGAUCAUUCCCGUUAACGGAGUCACAGCUGGAACUGAAGGACGAAGGAGCCGACGGUUCAACGCGUCCAGAUGUUGGAGCGGAGUCGGUGAAUGAUCAGCAGUUCAGGUGAAGGUAGAAGGAGUGUGAGCUGAAGUGAAUCCAGCAGCAUGGAUCAGUGUGAGGACGGAGAGGAGGGAGUCCUUUCCUCCAAAACCUCCCCCAGGGGAAAAAAAAGAGUCAGAGAGAGUUGGAGAGAAGAAAAGAGGAGACCUGGACCUGAACCUGGACCUGAACCUGAACCUGAACCUGAACCUGAACCUGAACCUGAACAUGGACCUGAACCUGGACCUGGACCUGAACCUGGACCCAGCUGUGUGUCUUUAAAGAGUGACAGAUCCAAGGGUGCAUUUAUUCAUUUUAAAGAUACCCAAUUUUCUCCCUCAGUGAGGAGACGACCUGGACCUGAACCUGAACCUGGACCUGGACCCAGCUGUGUGUCUUUAAAGAGUGACAGAUCCAAGGGUGCAUUUAUUUAUUUUAAAGAUCCCGUAUUUUCUCCCUCAGUGAGAUUGGACCAGCAGAGCUCAGAGUCCCCCAAUGAUCCGUCUGUCCAGCAGCAUCAGACCCAGCUGGACUCCAUCUUUCAGCUGCUGGAGGACGACAUCGUCAUGUUUGUGAAGGACGAGCUGAAGAAGAUCCAGAAGGUUGUGAGUCCAGAUUACCCAGAAUCCUCAGAGAGUCUGGAGGAGGAUGAAGAUGAAGAGCAGAAGAGCAUCAGAAAGACAUUCAUGAAGAUCACAGUGAAGUUCUUGAGGAGGAGGAAGCAGGAGAAGCUGGCCGACCUUGUGCAGAGCAAGACCAUCGCUGCCAUUUGUCCAUCCAAACUCAAAGUUCAGCUGCAGAAGAAGUACCAGCAUGUGUCUGAGGGAAUCACUAAAGCAGGAAAGACAACCCUUCUGGAGCAGAUCUACACGGAGCUCUACAUCACAGAGGGAGGGACCGGAGAGGUCAACGACGAACAUGAAGUCAGACAGAUUGAAGCAGCAUCCAGGAAACCAGACGGAGCAGAAACAGCCAUCAGACAGGAAGACAUCUUUAAACCCCCACCUGGAAGAGGACGACCAAUCAGAACGGUGAUGAUGAAGGGAGUGGCCGGCAUCGGGAAAACAGUCCUAACGCAGAAGUUCAGUCUGGACUGGGCUAAAGGCAGAACCAACCAGGACAUCCAGUUCCUGCUUCCAUUCACCUUCAGAGAGCUGAAUGUGCUAAGAGAGAAAAAGUUCAGCUUGGUGAAACUUGUUCAUCACUUCUUCUCUGAAACCAAAGGAAUCUGCAGCUUUGAAAAGUUCCAGGUCGUGUUCAUCUUUGACGGUCUUGAUGAGAGUCGAUUUCCUCUGGACUUCCACAACAAUGAGGUCCUGACUGAUGUUACAGAGUCCACCUCAGUGGACGUGCUGCUGACAAACCUCAUCAGGGGGAACCUGCUUCCUUCUGCUCGUCUCUGGAUCACCACACGACCCGCAGCAGCCAAUCAGAUCCCUCCUGAGUAUGUCUCCAUGGUGACGGAGGUCAGAGGGUUCACUGACCCACAGAAGGAGGACUACUUCAGGAAGAAGAUCAGAGAAGAGGAGCAGACCAGCAGGAUCAUCUCCCACAUCAAGACAUCACGGAGCCUCCACAUCAUGUGCCACAUCCCGGUCUUCUGCUGGAUCACUGCUGCGGUCCUGGAGAACGUCCUGGAGACCAGAGAGGGAGGGCAGCUGCCCAAUACCCUGACUGAGAUGUACAUCCACUUCCUGGUGGUCCAGGCCAAACUGAAGAAGGUCAAGUAUGACGGAGGAGCUGAGACGGAUUCACACUGGAGUCCAGAGAGCAGGAAGAUGGUGGAGUCUCUGGGAAAACUGGCUUUUGAGCAGCUGCAGAAAGGAAACCUGAUCUUCUAUGAACCAGACCUGAGAGAGUGUGGCAUCGAUGUCAGAGAGGCUUCAGUGUACUCAGGAGUGUUCACCCAGAUCUUUAGAGAGGAGAGAGGCCUGUACCAGGACCAGGUCUUCUGCUUCAUCCAUCUGAGUGUCCAGGAGUUUCUGGCUGCUCUUCAUGUCCACCAGACCUUCAUCAAGUCUGGAGUCAACCUGCUGGAGGAACAAAGAAACACCUCCUGGUGGAUAAGAGCAGACACUCACCUCUAUCAGAGUGCUGUAGACAAGGCCUUACAGAGUCCAAACGGACACCUGGACUUGUUCCUGCGCUUCCUCCUGGGUCUUUCACUGGAGACCAAUCAGAACCUCCUGCGAGGUCUGAUGACAUCAAACCAAAGAAGUUCACAGAACAAUCAGAAAACAGUUGAAUACAUCAAGGAGAAGAUCAGUGGGGAUCUGUCUGCAGAGAGAAGCAUCAACCUGUUCCACUGUCUGAAUGAACUGAACGAUCGGUCUCUGGUGGAGAAGGUCCAACAGUACCUGAGGUCAGGACGUCUCUCCACAGAUAAACUGUCUCCUGCUCAGUGGUCGGCUCUGGUCUUCAUCUUACUGUCAUCAGAAGAAGAUCUGGAGGUGUUUGACCUGAAGAAGUUCCGAGCUUCAGAGGAGGCUCUACGGAGGCUGCUGCCGGUGGUCCAAGCCUCCAAGAAAGUUCUACUGAGUGGCUGUAACCUCUCAGAGGACAUCUGUCCACUUCUGUCCUCAGUCCUCAGCUCUCAGUCCUCCAGUCUGACAGAACUGGACCUGAGCAACAACGACCUGCUGGAUUCUGGACUGGAGAAGCUGUGUCCUGGACUGGAGAGUCCACACUGUCACCUGGAGUCUCUCAGGCUGUCAGGCUGUCUGAUCUCAGAGGAAGGAAGUUCUUCUCUGGUCUCAGCUCUGACCUCCAACCCCUCCCACCUGAGAGAGCUGGACCUGAGCUACAACCAUCCAGGGGAGUCAGCAGGGAAGCUUCGGUCUAGACGGGAGGAUCCCCGCUGGAGACUGGACAUUCUCAGGGUGGAGCCUGCUGGACAACGAUGGCUGACACCAGGUCUGAGGAAGUAUUCCUGUCAACUCACCGUCGACACAAACACAGUCCACAACAAGAUCAAACUGUCUGAUGACAACAGGAUGAUGACGCAUGUGAAGGAUGAUCAGUCAUAUCCUGAUCAUCCAGACAGGUUUGAUCGUCUUCCUCAGCUGCUGUGUAGAGAAGUUCUGACGGGUCGCUGUUACUGGGAGGUCCAGAGGACAGGAAGAGUUUAUAUAUCAGUGAGUUACAGAAGCAUCAGCAAGAAAGGAGACUCUGGUGACUGUUUGUUUGGAAGGAACGAUCAUUCCUGGAGUCUGGGCCGUUAUCCAGGUGGUCUGUACCAUGUCUGUCACAAUAACAAUAGAUCCAUCAUCUCCUCAUCUUCAUCUUCAGACUCUGGCAGAGCAGCAGUUUACGUGGACGUUCCUGCUGGAACUCUGUCCUUCUAUGAAGUCGUCUCUGACAGACUGAUCCUCCUCCACACCUUCAACACCACCUUCACUGAACCUCUAAGUCCUGGAUUUGGUAUCAGGUCCUGGUCCAGGUCUGGGACCUGGUCUGGUUCUUCAGUGACUCUGUGUCCAGUUUAGUCUCAAGAGUUUCCUGUCAGAGAAACGUUCUCUGUUGGAUCCUGGACUUGGACUCUGGUUCUAGUUCCUCAGUGUCAUGAUAAUGACAUGAUGAUCUCUGAAUGCACAACACCGGAACCUGCAGCGUGGGAGUGAGAAGGGCAGCCUGCCUGCAGUCCCCAUACCCGGUCAUCCCGUUGCUGCUUCCACCUGCCUGCGGUCCCCACCCCCGGUCACCCCGUUGCUGCUUCCACCUGCCUGCGGUCCCCACCCCCGGUCAUCCCGUUGCUGCUUCCACCUGCCUGCGGUCCCCACCCCCGGUCACCCCGUUGCUGCUUCCACCUGCCUGCGGUCCCCACCCCCGGUCAUCCCGUUGCUGCUUCCACCUGCCUGUGGUCCCCACCCCCGGUCAUCCCGUUGCUGCUUCCACCUGCCUGCUGUACUGCUGACGUCCCCGACUCCCCCAGUCUGGCCCUCGGCAGGAGGGUCCCCCCUUAUGAUCCAGGUCCUGGUCCAGGUUUCUUCCCUCCUAAAGGGGAGUUUUUCUUGCCACUGUUUGGCUUAAGGUUUUUCUCCCACUAGGGGAGUUUUUACCUGCCAUUGUUUAUGUAAUAAUUGCUCAGGGGUUUAUGUUCAUGUUCUGGAUCUCUGGAAAGUGUCUGGAGACAACAUCUGUUGUAUUAGACGCUAUAUAAAUAAAAUUGAAUUUGAUGAUGAUGAUGAUGAUGAUGAUGAUGAUGAUUAUUCUUGUUCUAUUCUUGAUUCUGUCUCUAAACGUUUUCAUGUUUGACUUCACGUUAAGAUUCUUAAAGUCUUGUUUCUUCCCUGAAAGAAAGUUUGAGCUUCAAAUCUAAACAUUUCUGUUUACGUUCAACUUUUACAGUUUGUACAAUAUUUGAUUUAUUUAUCUGAUUGUUUUAAUUUAAUUCCUUCAGUCUACAAAGUUGUUGAUGUAAAAAUGAAGUGAGAAGAUGGAAAUAUUCAUGUAACAUCCAACAUGUAAAAACACCAGCAACAUGUUUAAAAGUAUUCAAGUACUCUUGAAACCAUUUUUUUUAAAGAAAGGUUUAUUCAUUGCAACUUUAAUAACACAAGGUACAUAUCCUAAGUUUAGGGAUAAGUUGAUCUGGUCCAGUAUUGUCGUACCAAUAAGAGAACAAAAUAAGUACAUAUUUCUGUGCAAAACAUUUUUAGAUAAAUUUAAAUGAUCUUGUAUGUUGCAUGUACUUGUUAAACAUCAGAAUGUAACAUGUAUACUACUGGGUAUUGGUCUGCUGUCAGUCUGAAUAAAGAAAUCUGAACAGAAAA